GGCUCCUACUGCGGCUGGGCGCCGGCUCCGCUCCCGCGUCGGCUCGCGCUCCCGCUGCGCCCGGCCCGGCCCCGGCCCGGCUCGGCCCGGCCCCGGCCUCGCAGCGAAGGCGCCGCUGCCGCCUGGGCCGCUCGCAGGGCCAUGAGGAGGCGGCGGCAGCCGCUGCGGCCCGCGUCAAGGUGACCGGCCGGGACUGCGGCGGCGAGGACGGGCGGACUCGAGCAGACGGGUUAUGUCACCGCCACAGGCUGGCCUGAAGCUCCCUGCAGCCCAAAGACUAUGUACAAGCGGAAUGGUCUGAUGGCUAGCGUGUUGGUGACCUCUGCCACUCCACAGGGCAGCAGCAGCUCCGACUCUCUGGAGGGCCAGAGCUGCGACUAUGCCAGCAAGAGCUACGACGCCGUGGUCUUCGAUGUCCUGAAGGUGACGCCCGAGGAGUUUGCUAGCCAGAUCACGCUCAUGGACAUCCCCGUGUUCAAAGCCAUCCAGCCGGAGGAGCUAGCCAGCUGUGGGUGGAGUAAGAAGGAGAAGCAUAGCCUCGCCCCCAACGUCGUGGCCUUCACCCGGAGGUUUAACCAGGUCAGUUUUUGGGUUGUUCGAGAAAUUCUGACAGCACAGACUUUAAAAAUAAGGGCAGAAAUCCUGAGCCAUUUUGUGAAAAUAGCCAAGAAACUUCUAGAACUCAACAACCUUCACUCUCUCAUGUCUGUGGUGUCAGCGUUACAAAGUGCACCCAUCUUCCGGCUGACAAAGACCUGGGCUCUUUUGAACCGGAAGGACAAGACGACCUUCGAGAAGCUGGACUACCUGAUGUCCAAGGAAGACAACUACAAGCGGACGCGGGAGUACAUCCGCAGCCUGAAGAUGGUCCCCAGCAUCCCCUAUCUCGGCAUCUACCUUCUCGACCUGAUCUACAUCGACUCCGCGUACCCCGCCUCCGGCAGCAUCAUGGAGAACGAGCAGCGGUCCAACCAAAUGAACAACAUCCUACGCAUCAUCGCCGACCUGCAGGUCUCCUGCAGCUAUGACCACCUCACCACCCUGCCCCAUGUCCAGAAGUACCUGAAGUCUGUGCGCUACAUUGAAGAGCUCCAGAAGUUUGUGGAAGACGACAACUACAAGCUGUCACUCAGAAUUGAACCCGGAAGCAGCUCUCCGAGGCUCGUCUCCUCCAAGGAAGACCUUGCAGGCCCCUCCGCCAGCUCCAGCUCCGCCCGCUUCAGCCGGAGGCCCACGUGCCCAGACGCAUCGGUCGCCGGCAGCCUCCCCACGCCCCCCGUGCCAAGACACCGGAAGAGCCACAGCCUGGGCAACAAUCUCAUGUGUCAGUUGAGUGUAGUUGAGAGUAAAAGCGCCACGUUCCCGUCGGAGAAGGCGCGGCACCUGCUGGACGACAGCGUCCUGGAGUCGCGCAGCCCCCGCCGGGCGCUGGCCGCCUCCUCCGCCGCCACCAACGGACUCUCCCUAGGCAGUAGUGAGAGCUCAGAGUUUAGUGAAGAGAUGUCUGCAGGGCUGGAAAGCAGGGGACGCCUCUACGCCACACUGGGGCCCAACUGGCGGGUCCCCGUUCGGAAUUCCCCCCGGACCCGGAGCUGCGCCUACAGCCCCACGGGUCCCUGCAUCUGCGCGCUGGGCAGCUCGGUGGCGGCGCCCACCAUGGAGGGGCCGCUGAGGAGGAAGACGCUGCUCAAGGAGGGCCGCAAGCCCGCGCUGUCCUCGUGGACCAGGUAUUGGGUCAUCCUCGCGGGGUCCACCCUCCUGUACUAUGGGGCCAAGUCCCUGCGGGGCACAGACAGAAAACAUUACAAAUCCACGCCUGGCAAAAAGGUCUCCGUCGUGGGCUGGAUGGUGCAGCUGCCUGACGACCCAGAGCACCCGGACAUCUUCCAGCUGAAUAACCCUGACAAAGGCAAUGUUUACAAGUUCCAGACCGGCUCUCGCUUCCACGCGAUACUCUGGCACAAGCAUUUGGACGACGCAUGUAAAAGCAACAGGCCUCAGGAACUGGCCGCCUCCUCCCAAUGGGAGGUACCGGCGAACCUCAUGUCCUUUGAGUAAGACUCUGCGGGACGCGACGUGACUCCAGAGGCGCCGGGAGCCCUGCCUGGGCAGGGUGGUGGCGCGUCUGUCCGGGCACAGGCUGCGGUGGGCUGGAGCGCUGGGAGACCCACAGCCAGGCCCACAGGCUCGCGGGCCACGGCCUCACCGUCCAGAGAACCCCGCGAG